GGCGGCGGGGCCGGCGGGGCGGGCGCCAUGUCGGGGCUGCUGCACACCACGCUCAGCGGGCUCAACAGCGACUCGUACUGCGAGAUCAGCCAGUACCGGGACCAGCACUUCCGGGGUAGCAGGCAGCUGCAGGAGAAAUCCCUGAAGAUUUCCUCCACGCUGUAUGUCGGCAAUCUCUCCUUCUACACCACCGAGGAGCAGAUCCAGGAGCUGUUCUCCAAGUGCGGAGAUGUCAAGAGAAUUGUCAUGGGUCUGGACAAGAUCAAGAAAACUCCCUGUGGCUUCUGCUUUGUAGAAUACUACACGAGAGCAGAUGCUGAGCACGCCAUGAGGUUUAUCAACGGCACACGGCUGGAUGACCGCAUCAUCCGCACGGACUGGGAUGCAGGGUUUAAGGAGGGGCGGCAGUAUGGGAGAGGAAAGACUGGAGGACAGGUGCGAGAUGAAUACCGGACAGACUACGAUGUGGGAAGAGGUGGCUUUGGCAAGAUCAUUCAGAUGCAGAAGGCAAAUCACCAGCCUGCAAUCUAUUAAUUGCGUCGUGAUUCCUAGCUCAAAGAGGGCUCUGUCCUUCCAGAGCUAGCCCUGUUCUCACAUUUGGGAUGAGGGUAUGGAGUGAAAUCCAAGUUCCAGCAAAAGGUGACUCUCCUUAGACUGCAGAUAUACAUGUGUUCAUUCUCCCUUCUUUCUGAGCUAGAGAGGAUGUUCUGUGCUGAUACAGGGCAACAAGGGACAAAUGGACAGCUCUGUAGGAUUUUGGGCAAGAAGAAAUGUAACAUGUCACACACACCUUAUGCUAUGACAUACUCUUCAUGUUGCACUUAAGCAGGUGGCUUCCUCCAAGCUCCAGCUGCAACUGUGGUUGCUUUCAAAUGGAACUUUUUUUAAAAGCUUACCACCAUUGGAGCCCUCCAGGUGCCUGGGCACCUAGUGAGGAUGCACAAGAGAUUCACGUUUCUAAUUUAAAACCUUACCUGCUUAAUAAACAGUAUCACUGUUUGAAUGAGAGAGAAGUGGACAAGGUCUUAUGCUCUUGGAGGUGCUUGUCUGCACAUCUAGCCCUUGGGUUGGUCAGGGCCUGCAGAACAUUUCUCUUUGUGAUGCCCCCAGUGCUGCCUGGCUUUUCAGAUCCUCACUGUUCGGUGUGAUUUUGUCAAAAGUUUCUGUUAUUUUUUUUUAAAUAAACAGUUGUAUUGGGUCUGA